AUGAUGACUCUAACAAAUGCUUUUCCAUUGCGGAAACCUGUGUUCUUUACACUGGUCUCUGUAAUACGUUGUAGUAAAACACUUUCUCAUAAUAAUUCCAUUCUUUCGGUGUUAAAUCUUGUGUGUUAUUGUGUAGUGAUUUUUUUGUUCAUCCUGCAUUCAAGAAGAGGAAUGCCAAGUGACUGUCGAGACUGUUUGGGAAUUCGUUAUCGAAUUAAUACCCUGCACCAAACCUGGAAGUGGCUGCAUCAAACAAUCGCCCUUCACGAAUAUCUGAUCUCCCUCUCAUCGGCUGAUACUGACGCCUGUUGCUCUAUGCACUAGGUUAUAAGGACUUUUUGAACUGUUAUUAGUCAAUUUAUUUAGGUGAUAGAACUGAUAUUAGAUAAUUAGCAUUUAAUAGACUGUGGUUAUUAAGUUCAUACAGAAAAGUAUCCGUUUACAUAUAAAUUUUAUAAUAUAAUACUUAAAGAUGGCUCAGACAAUGAUGAAGAAGAUUGUGGCGAGCAGCGCCUGCCUGGUGGUUGGCCUGACAAGAAGAACAAGCUCUCGCAGCUUGGCAACAGCCAGCAAGAACCUAAA